AUGGCAUUGCAGUGGCUGAUUCUGUCGUAUGUAGUGGCCGCCGAGGUAGCCAUCGCCGUCAUCUUGACCCUCCCUUACCCUAUGAUAUUGAAGAAACGGAUCGUGUCGCUUGUCUCGCUCAUACUCCACCCUGCCGCUUCCAUCGUCGCCUUCGCUGGAUUUCAACUCCUCGAUAUUUACUGGAAGAAUGAGCAUAGGCUAAUGUGCUCGUCUGAGGUUUGCACUGCUACAGAGAGGGAUCGUUACGAGAAAUCAAUAUAUAAGGCUCAGCGGAAUGUGGUUCUGUGCGCGGCUGGAAUCCUUCUAUACUGGUGCAUCUACCGUAUCUGCAAGUACAACAAAGACCUUGAGCGUUUGGAGGAACUAGAGAAGAGAUACAAGUCAGACUAG